AUGUGUGAAUUGUCCAGAAGCCCUGUUGGUAACCUGGCAGAUGUUGCUGUGGAGACAGCACCUUCCACAGAAAUGAAAGCUGGUGGGAUGCGGAUCGUGCAGAAACACCCACAUAAUUCUGAUGCCAAAGAAGAAAAAGAUAAGGAUGACCAAGACUGGGAAACCAGCAGCCCACCUAAACCAACGGUGUUCAUCUCUGGUGUCAUUGCUAGGGGUGAUAAGGACUUCCCUCCAGCUGCGGCUCAGGUGGCUCAUCAGAAACCACAUCCUUCUGUGGAAAAGCUUCCUCACCCACAACAUGUCAAACAGCACAUCCACCAGCCUCGCAAGUGAGCUCUCUAUCAAAAUCUCAGCCAAACUGCCAUCAGUGAAUAAGUUUUUCAAAGAAGAUGAAAACCCUUUAGGAUUCACACUGUCAAAUCAGUAAAAUUGACCUCUAAAAUAUGCUGUUUCUUUUACUUUAAUUCCCAAUGGUGAAUAAGAAUGAAGACAUUGUUCAGUUAUCCCAGGUGGAAAAUUCUCUAUUAAAUAUUUGAUGAUCAGGGAUGGGGUUUUUAUAAAAUUUUCUUACUGCCAAGAUAAAACUUUGGUAUGAUAAAAGGAUUAGUGAGCUUAAAACUUGUAUUUUUAGUUGUGGCAUUGCAAUAGCAGAUAGUUAAUGUAGUUUUUAUGCUAAGCCUGUAAGGGAGAAUAACCCUUUUGAACUGGUACCUUUACUAUCUGGAGGGAGUUUGUUGUGUGUGUUGAUAGAAGUCAGUGGUUGUCUUGAUUACAUAGAACCAUUGCAGUCUUUAGUAUCCUGUGGUGUUACACCCCGGUGACUGUGCUCUCUGAAUUCCACUAGUGAGAUGCCAAAAGGGCCCAAAACCAGUCUCAAGUGGGCAGAAAUCCAGCUGAAUCUUCUUUACACCCUUUGAACUCACCCAGUCUUGCUAAGGUUCUUCCCUUUGGAGGUCUGUGGGUAUGGAGAGGGGAGAGAAAUGAGAGGUACAAUAACAUUGCUGCUGUAGGCAACUGAUUUGUGGUCUUGCGGGUCUCUCUGGGGGCUCUAUUUUUAUGAGGUGAUGAUUCCUCAAUUCCAAUAACAAGCUGAAGGAGCUCGGGACCCUCCAGAAUUCAAGUUAAAAUAAACUGGCAAAAAAUAUGUUUUCUUUUUUAACUUAUGGUUUGAGAUACCAAUUGAAAUUAGUAGAUAACAUUAGUAAAUGUGUUUAACUUUGUGACCCGGUCUCUCUUGCGCAUCAUAUUUUUCCUAGUUUUCUUAUUGUGAAUAAGGACAGCAGUAAUAUAAGGGAAUAUAAAAGUUACUUUUCGGAUAGAGCAAUUGGCCAUAUAUAAAUUUUUGAUUGCACAGUUCAAAAUCACUUAGCUCUAUCAUCUUCCUUCUGCAACUCAUUGCUGUAAAACCCAGGAAAAUAAUUUUUUUAACAUUCCACCUACACAUUUAAAGUGUACUUCUGUUUUUAACUGGCUAUAAAUACAGUACAGCCUUUAGUACCCUCUAGGUUUAUAAAACUUUUACUAAUGUCAAAAAAGCGGGUACUGGACCUAGUGCUGCAAACAUUCACCUGGCAAACCAGUGAAAGUUUGGCAUUGCUUGGAGCUUUACUACUUCAUUUUAUGUUUAAAAUCAAAUGUCUAGAAAACCAGUGGGGAAGAGUUUUUAAAAGACUAUUUUUAAAAAUUUUUGCAGAUUAAAUAGUUAUUCCCUGAGUAGCUGGUUUAAAACAACAAAAAAUGUGAAAUGUGGCCCAUUUCACAAGUGGAAUAACUCACUUCAUGUGGGUGAGAGGGACCUGGCAUUUCCAUCUCUUCAUGGGCUUGAAAUGGAAAUGAUGCAAAGGAUGUGCAUGGAUAUAUUUAUUCUACAACUGAGGAAGGGUGUACAAUCUGUAUAUGCAGUCUUUAUUUUCAGUUGAAUUAGAUAACCGUACUUGCCUUAAGGAACAAGCAUUGUUUAUAAGAAUUAUUCUGUAUUAGAAUAUGCAUAAUUUAAAAAAUACGCUUUCUGUUUCUGACGUUGGUACGUCUGAGGCCUUGUUUGUAGCCGCUCAUGAGUGUACAAUUGAUUCACACUGUAACUCAUUCAUAAGGGUAGCAUUGUGGAGCCUUGUAGAAUAUCUGCAUGAGGUAAUGUGCUGGCAGGAACACUUGCAGAUUCAGGACAGAAAGCGGUGGCAUCUGGUUGAUGGUGCAGCCAGCAGCUGUCAGUGUGCUGCGUCAGCAGUGAAGGAGAUCAUCACAGUCACUUGGUACUGGUAGCUGCUGGCUUGAAAGUGAGCUGGGUGGGAUUCCAUCUGAAGUAGUGUCUAAACUCCAGCUGUAGUCAAUGGUGAUAUAGUCAAGAUAGUCAACAGAGUUUAGGUAUGGCAUUUUUGACCAAAUGGAAGUGUCUUUCAAGAUGACUUGCAUCACCCUCGACUCCACUGACAGCAGUGGAAAACUAAACGUACCUCAGUAUAGAAGCAUACAGUUAAGUGGGACUGGGUACAUCUGGUCUGUGUCCAGUAAUAGCUGGUAGAAGUGUUUCUGCGAGCAACACCACAUUUCCAUUCAAUACUAAAAGUUAGGAACAUGGAUGCUUUUGAAUUACAAACUACUGCUCCUGGUUGCGAACGCAAUAUAUACAACAUACAUAGAAAAUACCUGAAUUUUGUCUUUGAUUACUUAGAUGGAUGUAUAAGUUUGUACAACAGAGUAUUAAUCUCAAGAUAGCUUUAGUGGCUUUUAGAGUGCAGGAAUUCCAAUAUGGUUAGAAAACGUCUCUGUAUGAAAGCGUAUUAUAUAUAUUGUUGGGAGGUAUCCGUGUUUAUACAUAGGUGUCCUUACCAAAGCAUUACCUUGCCUAAAAUAAUCAUAACUGGUGAUCUGGAUUGCCUACUGAUGGUUAACGAUACUUUUAAAAUAUGUUACAAUAACAUACAAACAUAGGAAAUGUUCAAAUGUUACCUCAAAAUGAUUGCAAAAGAAAUUUUCUGUAAUUGUCAGUGUGGCAAUAAUGCAACAAUAAAGCAUGGAAUUGUA